AUGGAUCAAAAUGACGGUAACAUGAUCACUGUCACCACGCCGAAUGGUACAACGACACAGACGCUUGGCGGUAUGGUGCCACGCGUAGUCAGCCGUAUUCCACCAGGCGAUGUUCCGUCGCCUGGUGCGCCAGGGAUGGCCAUGAAUGGCGCAGGUGCCAUCGCAGGGACGGGGGGCGCUCCUGUGCCGUCGUCAAGUGCGCCUACGACGGCGUCAGGAGCACCUUUGGCGCUGCAUGAUGUGCCUGCCUCACGAGGCCCAGGCACCGGUGGUCCCUCGCCCUAUGGUGCGGUUUCUGAUUAUGCGGAGCGAAUGGGGCCGGCGCCACCGCCAAACGUCAAAGGCCUGCCGCGACCGCCACCAACAGGGCCAGCAGCAGCGCCAGCGGCACCAGUUGCACCAGUGGCGCCUGGCAUGCCGAUGCGAGGAGGUACGUCUCCUGGGUCUAUGGGCAUGCCGCCAUCGAUGCCACCGCCACAGCCAGGACCACCACCACCACCACCACCGCCACAUGGUGCCUAUGGCGGUGCAAUGCCAAUGGGAUAUGAGCCCGUAGGCCGUGGUCCACCGGCAGGCGCGCCGGAGCCAGUGCUACGGCCGCCGGUGGAGUUCAAUCAUGCUAUUAGCUACGUCAACAAGAUCAAGCAGCGGUUCAGCAACGAUCCUGAUACGUACAAGCAGUUUCUGGAAAUCCUGCAGACGUACCAGAAGGAGCAACGACCUAUCCACGAAGUGUAUGCGCAGGUAACGGUGCUCUUUGACCAUGCCAAAGACUUGCUGGAAGAGUUUAAACAGUUUCUUCCUGACACAGGUGCGGCGCCAGGCGGAGCUGGCCUGUUUGGCAUGAUUGGACACAUGACGAAUGGGAUGGGUCCAGGCGAGGCGCCACCGCCCCAUGGGGCCCCUGGGAGCGCUGCAGGAGUGAAUGCUGCUGCUGGCGGUGCCGGCAAUGCUGGCGGCGGCAUGGGACCUGCGGCCGCCGUAGGCCCAGGUAGUGCACCUGGUGCUGGUAUGGCGUACGACGCAGUGCCAGCGCGACAUCCGCACCACCAUCAGCACCAUCCAUAUCCAGGGACACAGGCGGUGCCGGCGCCGAGUCUCUCUCGGAAGAAGCGCGUCAUCGACGACAUGCCGCCAGGGCCAGAGUCCAUGGGCCUAGCAUCGACGACGACGACGACGUCGACGUCGUCAUCGUCGUCGUCGUCAGCGCCCAAGACAAGUGGCAGCUCGGGCCGAAAGCGCAGCAAGAAGGGCGAUGGCGCCGCGAGUACGCCAGGUGGACCGGGGGCGCCGCCACCAGGAGGGGCACCAGGCACGGCAGGGACCGGCUUGCCUCAGGCAGGGGCACCCUACCUACAGGCGGUACCUCGCCCAGGCCCAGGCGAGAUGAUGGGCGAUGCCAUGUAUGCGCGAGGAGCGCCGCUGCCUCCUGGGUAUGAAGCAUUGCCGCCAGAAGGCUAUCUGCCAGCUGCCGGCAUGCACGGCACGCAGGCGUAUCCGCCGCCGCACAUGGCAGCUGGAGGGGAUCUUGUGCCGAUGCCGCCGCCGCCCAUAGCGACGGUGGAUGAGGUGACUUUCUUUGAGCGAGUCAAGAAGCACCUCGAUGACCGCGCGACCUACAUGGACUUUUUGAAGCUGCUGAAUCUGUAUGCACAGGACAUGAUCGAUGUGCCGACGCUCGUGGACCGUGUAGCGCUGUUUUUGAACGGACGGCCUGAGCUGUUGGGCGCAUUCAAAACGCUUGUCGGCUACGCACAUGGGUCGGCACGGAUGGCUCGAGAACGAAGACCCUGUGCUGGAGAAUGUGCCGGCAUUGGAGCGCGAGCGCUUCGACCUGUCGACGCAGAAGUCGUGCGGGCCGUCGUACCGGAAGCUGCCGGCUGGCGAAGUCAAGCUGUCGUGCAGUGGACGCGACGCACUGUGCUGGGAGGUGCUGAACGACGGCUGGGUUAG